AAAUCCUUAUUCACUUAGUCACCAAAAAAAAAAAUCCUUAUUCUCUUAUUACUACGAGAAUGAAACACCUUUUAUUUUUUGGACAGAGAAGAAAAUACCUUGAAUACGAAGAAACUCUUCCAGAAGAUGUGAUUAGAGAAAUAUUGGCGAGGCUUCCAGUGAGGCUUCUCCUGCAACUGAGGAUUGUAUGCCGUUCAUGGAACUCCCUAAUCUGCAGCCCUGAAUUCGUCAAGCACCACCUUCAAUGCUCAACCCUAACUCCGCCGCCGCCAUUACUAUGUUGGAAGGAAGCGGGACGGAGGGGCGACAUCAUGCAUUGCUCUUCACAAUCUCUUAUUCUUUAUCGCCAGCAUCAGCCAACUACUUUCGAGUCACAUCCGGCUGACGGAAUAGUCAUCGAGGGAUCUUGCAACGGAUUGCUCUGCUUGUCUCAAGGCUUUCCCUUUGAAACUCUUACUCUUUUCAAUCCCGGUACCCGUUCGGUAUCCCCAUCCGUUCCGUUCGAGUGCUCCCACGAGUGUGGAGACAAUGUUUUCUGUGGCUUUGGCUAUGAUACUCUACAUGACCAGUACAAGUUUGUUAUGGGUUGUUCUGACUCGUCUCUUAUAACUGAUUCCAAGGUGAGAUCUGGGGCUAUAGUUUUCACUUUUGGUGCAAAUCCUUUUUGGAAAACUGUUGAUCAUCCGGUGUUUCCGUAUGAUUUUGUUUGCACAAGGAAUGGAAUAUUUGUGAGCGGCACUCUGAAUUGGAUUGCGUAUCAUCCUACUAUAGAUUGUUAUGAAUUGGAGUGGUUCGUUCUUACCUUCGACUUGGAAACGGAGUUGUUUGGUCGAUUGUGUCUGCCCAUGAUUAGUAUGCACUCUAACUUCACCUACAUGCCUCGCUUGCAAGUCCACAAUAACCGUCUUUCUGUUUGUUAUCGCACUCGGCAUGAGCCAAUUAUUUGCACUCUCUGGAUAAUGAAAGAGCAUGGAGUUGAAGAGUCUUGGAUUAAAUUGUUCGAAAUCCCAUCUGAAACGAUCUCGCCAUGUUUUAAGGCUCCAUCCCUGAAUUCGCUACGCAUCACCGUCAACUCAUGCAUUGCUCUUCAUAUCUCCAGAAUCAUCCAAGUCAUCCGGGGAUCUUGCAACGGAUUAUUGCGGUCUUAAAACUAAUAAUUAAUGUGGAGUCCUUUUGGCGAAAGGGAUAGUUAGUCUAUAAGAAUUUAGUUUUUUAGUUUUGUUUCUUGUAUUACUUAUGGUUGAAUUGAAAUGUAUUCUAGUUCAUCUCCCAAGCUUGCUGGAAUAAUUAAGUAAAGGUGAAAACUCAAUUUUAUUUAAAGUUAA